AUGGCUCCCAAGAUCGCCAUCGUCUUCUACUCGAUGUACGGCCACAUCAAGCAGCUGGCCCUAGCCGAGAAGAAGGGCAUUGAGGCUGCUGGCGGCACCGUCGACCUCUACCAGAUUCCCGAGACCCUCUCCGACGAGGUGCUCGGCAAGAUGCACGCUCCUCCCAAGGACGCCUCGAUCAAGACGCUGGAGAACCCGGCCACGCUCGCCGAGUACGACGCCUUCCUCUUCGGUAUCCCAACGCGCUACGGCAACUUCCCCGCCCAGUGGAAGGCGUUCUGGGACAAGACCGGUGGCCAGUGGCAGAGCGGCGCCUUCUGGGGCAAGUAUGCCGGUCUCUUCAUCAGCACCGGCACUCCCGGUGGUGGUCAGGAGAGCACCGCCAUCGCCGCCAUGUCCACCCUUACUCACCACGGCAUCAUCUACGUCCCUCUCGGCUACAAGCACACGUUUGCCCUGCUGGCCGACCUCAGCGAGGUGCGCGGUGGCUCUCCUUGGGGCGCCGGCACCUUCUCCGCUGGCGAUGGCUCCCGCCAGCCCUCGCAGAAGGAGCUCGAGCUUGCCGAGGCCCAGGGCAAGGCCUUCUACGAGACCGUCUCCAAGGUCAACUUUGCGUGA